CACCACGUUCUUUCCUCCCCCCUUGGUUCUUUACCUCAAUAUCAUAGUGAUCCAUCUCACAAUAUCAACCAUGUCUUUGUGGAGGAUUGGUCUGGCGAUGAUGAUCUAGAAGACGAGGAGGUGGAUUUUGACUCUUCUGUGGAGAAUUAUGAAGGGGGUUUUCAAUUCCUCCUCUCUCUAGUGGUUGUGGCUCCUCCCGUCCUUGUUGCUCCCCCUGGUGGUGGCCAAUCAACCUCUGUUGCUUCUCCUAUGGGUGCCUAGGCAACCCCUCCUCCUCUGCCUCCUGCUGUGCAGAUACUAUCUUCUUCGCUAGAGAAGACUGUGACGCCAUCAUCCUCGCCUUCUGGCUAUAGUGAGUCUCCACCCUCCACUGUUGCAGUGAAGAAAUGUCAAGGGUCCCUGCCUGGGUAAAAUUUCCCAACCUUCCACUAUGCUGCUGGUCACCUAUCUGUUUAUCAAAGAUAGCAAGUGUUAUUGGGAAGCCUAUUUAGUGCGACCAACCUACAUCAACUCUUUCCCAGAUGUCAUAUGCCCGGGUUCUGGUUGAACUUGAUCUUCUUGCGGAACUCCAACACUCAGUAGAGAUUACUCUCCCUGAAGGUCUUGCUCUGCACCAACAAGUAGUGUAUGAAACUUUGCCCAAGUAUUGUAAGCUCUGCCAUGUUCUUGGGCACACUCAUCUCCUCUGCCCCAAAGCUACUGUUGAUUCAAAAACUAUACCCUGCCCUCAACCACUGGUUCCAGCUGUUCAAGCUGAUAAAGGGUCUGUUUUUAGUCGAUUGGGUCCUCAGCCACCUUUUCAGUCCUCUCCUCCUCUGCAAAAGUUGCAAGACCAGUCGCACGACCAGGACAUAUCCACACAGGCUGUAGGGUCAGCAGUUGAUCUUGUUCCUUCUAAUGACUGGGUUACAGUGGUAUCUAGACGCAAAUCCAGUAAGCAGGAUAAUGGAAAGGCAAUAGCAGUAUUUGAGCCAGUGUCGGUUUGCACAGGACCUGUUCGAACCUCCUCUGGCGCUAAUACAUUGGUGGCACACCCAUGUGCUGAAGAAGCUAGGGAUCCUCCCCCUUCUUAUCCUAAACCAUUAGUUUUGCCCUCCUGUGUUGGUGAAGGCCACAACCCCUCUCCACCGAACUCUUUGACAAUUCCUACUGGUGAUGUGAACAUGGCUGGCAAACCUGUUAUGGAGGUAUCAUCCCCGAGUCGGGUUCGAAACCGAACCAAAAAGCAGCGUGGUUACAAUCGAAGGCUUUCCCCUUCCCCUGUAACGACAUGAGGAGUUUGUUGCUUGGUGGUUUGAGCUGGUCCUCUACCAGUUUGUUCACUACUGGUUGAUGCAGUCAGUUGUAUAUUCAGGAUGUCUUAGCCAUUAAUUCGCUGAAGGGGCCAUUUGUUCUCUGUUUAAGGGUGUUGUGUGGUGUUGCUUUUGCUGAAGGGCCCCUUUUUUGCCCUGUGCUGUGCUGCUCCGCUAAUGCAUGGCUCAUGCAUUUUGGUUUCCCAUGCUUUAUUUUGCUGAUAGGGCCCCCUUCCCUUGAACGGUCUAUGAGCUCUUCCUGAUGGUGGCUGGCUGUCCUGUGCUGUUAGCUCGUGUAAUUGUAUUGUUAUUGCUUUUGUUCCCUUCGGUUAUAACCGAAGGUUUGUUUGCUUAGGUUGUUUUUCUCUUGUGCUUGGUGGGAGUCUGUUCCCACAGGAUUAUUUUGUCUUCCUUUGCCUGGAUAUCUAUGUCCAUAUGUACUGCUGGUUUCAGCUUGUUCCGCAAGCUUGUCUUGCAACUUUUUGAUCUAUACAAUUCUUGCAUUUGAUAAAAAAAAAAACAUUCAACUUG